GCACGAGCACAAUCACUUCUUCUCUACCUGAUCAAACACACUUGAUUUAGCGAGAAUAUACGUUCGCAAAAAAAUGGCUUCAAAGUUCUUCCUCCUUUCCCUUUUGGCUUUGUCAGCUUCUCGUGCUCUUGCCUCUGACCCGGGCCAGCUUCAGGAUUUCUGCAUCGCUGACAAGACAUCUCAAGUUUUUGUCAAUGGAUUCGCAUGCAAAGACCCAAAGACCGCGGUGGUAGAGGACUUCUACUUCUCUGGCCUCCACAUGGCCGGGAACACGAGCAACAAGCAAGGCUCCAUUGUGACUGCAGUUAACGUGGCACAGAUUGCUGGGCUGAACACUUUGGGUGUCUCAUUGGCUCGUGUUGAUUAUGCACCCUAUGGUCAAAACCCACCGCACCUUCACCCUCGUGCAACCGAGAUCCUGACAGUGUUGGAGGGCUCACUCUAUGUUGGUUUCGUGACUUCUAACCCCGGGAACAAGUUGUUCUCAAAAGUUUUGAACAAAGGGGACGUUUUUGUGUUUCCGCAAGGGCUGAUUCACUUUCAGUUCAACAUUGGAAACAACGAAGCGAUAGCCAUUGCAGCGCUGAGCAGUAAGAACCCUGGUGUGAUCACCAUAGCCAAUGCGGUUUUUGGAUCCAAGCAAACCAUCUCAGAUGAUAUCCUGGCCAAAGCCUUCCAGGUGGACAAGAACAUCGUAGAGCAUAUCCAAGCUCAAUUCUAGAUUGACAUACAUCUGGUGGUUUGAUUCAGUUCUUCCUUAUCUAAACAUUGUUUUGUGUGUUUCUUUACGAUUAUGUACAACGUGCGGACAAGGCAAAGAGAUCUAGUGGUGACUAGACUUCACGUGCAUGCACACGGACAAUUCAGCUCU